AUGGGAUUUAUGUUGUUUCUAUUUGGUAUUUUUGGAUCAUGCAAGCUAACUAGGGCAGCUAAAAUCACAAACAAAAUUGGAUUUAAUAGAAUCUUUCUGUUGCUUUUCACAUAUGCUUUGAAUGCGUUAUACAUUCCAAUUUUAGAUUAUUUCAUAAAAAUUGUAUAUAAUACAGGAGUUACGUGUCCAGAAGGUUAUUAUUGGGGAGUUUAUAGAGGUAAAGAUACAUUUCUUAAAGCAGAUGGCCAUUGCAUUCCAUGUGGAUACACAUUAAAGCAAAAAUAUCCAGGGAUUGAAAGUUUUUUGAAUGACUUCGUACAACCUAAUUCAAAUAACUUUACUUAUUCUUUAUUUACAAAAUUUUUAUCAGACAAUCCUGGAAUUUUAAAUGAAACAUAUGAUGCUUUAAAUUAUACCAUGGACGGAUUAAAUGAAUCAUCUAAUAUGUGUCCUCAUUUAUGUUCAGGAAGCUUUAUUCGUAUUAUGAAAGAUCAGACAUCGAUUUACUUUGAUUUUGAAACAAAGAGAUAUUUUAUGUUUUUUAUCUGUUGGGUGAUUGCAUUUGUUUUGUUGGUAAUCCCUGUAUUAUAUUAUUUAUUGAUAUACAGAGCAAGAAAAGAAUUCAAAACACUUGUGGCAUAUGGAGAUAACAAGGAUGAUCGUUGGGAGUGUUUAUUGGAAAGAGUUGAAACUGUUGGUGUUACUCAUCUCAAAGACUACAAUUAUAGUAAUCCAUAUUUUGCAGUCUUCAAAAUCGUAUACAAUUUUUUGGUUUUACUUGUAACAACAUUAGCAAAUCUAGCACAUCCACACAUUAUUACAUGUCUUCCAAUAGUUCAUAUAACUAUGAUUGUGUUCCUAACGUUGAGGAAGCCAUAUUUAUCAAAAUGGAACAAUUAUUCUGAAAUAGCAUUAAGUGUUCUUAACUUAAUUAUAGGAAUCUUAGCUUCAGUUAAUCUUUUCAGUGAUGUUAACCAGGUAUUCAACACAGUAAUUGUCUUAAUAGCAGAUUUCCUUGGUGUUGCAUCAGAAAUUGGUUCGGCUAUUAUCGAAAGUUAUGAAAAAUCAAAAAUUACUGACCCAACUAUAAUGAAUGAAAAAGAAAUACAAGAGUUCCAUCCAUUAAUAUUUGAUGAAGAUGAAGAGCAAGGAAUUUUAGAGCCAUUAAUAAAUGAAGAAGAAGAUAGCGAAGAUUGUUUGUGCGGAUGCUUGAGAGAAAGAAAAGUGCCUAAAUUAAUGCAAUACGAACCAGAUAAUAGACCGGAAAUAUCGCUGAAAGACUUGAACCCCGUUGAAUCUGGUGUUCAAUUAUUUAAUGAUGCCCAACCAGAGAGAAGUGGAGAAAUAAGAAAAAGGUUACAAAAUCUUUAUAUUUUCUACGAUAUAUUGAUUGAUGGAGCUGAAUUAUCAAUUCUAACACGAUUCUUAAGACUUUUGGGUGUUUUUGGUCUUGCUGUGUCUACACCUAUUAUCAAUGUGAAAUCGGUUCGCUUUUCAUGCAUUAAUUAUGGAAGUUGGUUUUAA